AUGCCCAUUACGGUUAGCUCUAAUUGGUUUGUAGCUUUGGAAAUGAUUGAGGAAGUCGAAAAUGAAGUUGUGAAUGUGGAGGAGGAGGAAGACGUUGAAGAAGUGUUUGCUGAAGAACUCGGCGAUAAAAGAAGCUCCAAAUGUGAUGAUAUGCGGAAUGCUUUGCAAAAACUGGUUAGCGGUGAGUCCUUGGGGGUUAAAAAAUGUUUUGAUGAUGGGGAAAUUGGUAAGAACUAUGAAACUGAGGACGUUGAUGAUAUUGAUCGGGGCGUUUGGACAGAAAGUGAUUUGGAUGACCGCUCAAGCUCAGGACUCAACGCAAGGGGAGAGUCCCACACCGAAGAACCAUGGUCAAAAAUCAAAAGAAGGAAGAGCGAGAAUGCAGGCUGGGCUGGUUCCCAGGCGAUCUCCGCGUUUGCAAUAAGUAGUGGUGUAAUUCCAAAUUUUUCCCAUGAUAAGUCAAUUAAUCUGGAAUCUUAG